UUGAAUUGGAAAGGAAAAAGGAAGAAACUUGUUUAAUUAUAAUAUUGGAUUGAGAGUUUGAGCGAGUUUACAGCUUCUACCACUUCAUCACCAUGGGAUUUGGUCUAAGAAACCGCACUUCUUUACCGACAAAUAUGUCUGGAGUUGUUAUACCAGAGGGAUCCAGCAGUCAUAUUAGUAUCACGGUCAAGUCAAUUUGUGCUGGAGAUGAAGUUUUCUUCAGAAUGAAGCGCAAUUCCCCUUUGAGUAAGCUCAUCAAUGCUUACUGUGAGCUUAAAAGAAUUCAAAUUGUUCCCAGUCCAUUCAAUACAAUCUGUUUCGUAUACGAUGGUGCUCAGAUCAAACCAGAGGAUACACCUAAUCAACUUGGAAUGGCUACUGAAGAAACUACAAAAUGUGAAGAAGAUUCAAGGAAUGGUCCUCUGGGAGUGUCAACAAAAACUUGUAUUUGAUUUUUCAAGUUCGGAUUUUAUGUCAAGUACUAUUGCUUAACAUCUCCUUGAUCACCAGGGUGAUUUUCACUGGUUCUUUUUACUGUAAUCAACUCGAAUUUCGGCCUGUUUACCUCUUAUUGUUCUUUUAUGAAUUCGAGUU